GAGAACACUGCCUGCAUGUUCUUUAAUAAAAGUCAACGUAUACUAAAUAAACGAAAAUUGGUUUUCUAAUAAAAUUGUAGUGUAUAUUUGAUCGUAAAUAUAUUUUGAAACGUAUACCUGCGAAAUUAAAUACAUACAAGUAAAUGUUAAUUAACAUUAAUAACGUGGGUACCGCUUUAACAACCAUCUGAUCUUUGAUCUCUCAUCGCUAUGUUCAAGUUAGAAAAUGUAUAAUGGUAUGGUAAUUUCUCACAUUGCAGAGAUAUACGAGUUUAAGAAAGUACGAAAACUACGAAAACAAUAUUUUAACAUAAGAUGAAUUCGUUAAUUCAUACGAAAGCAAUGGUGUCUGGUCACAGAUCAGCGAUACGCCAAUAUUGCUGUUUCAAAUUAUGGUAUAAUGCCAAUCAAGUAAAUGGUAGUUUGGCACUUAUUUAUAUGGGUAAAAGAGAUCCAAGAAAUAGUAGAGUGUUAAUGCAUUCAGCAUUAGUGGAAAAUUAUAAUAAUUAUAACAACAAUUUGCCGUAUGUACAACUCCGUACAUUUUAUGUAACACCAACAUGGAAAGGUCAAGAGUCAUCUUCUAAGGUUGAGGAAACAAUAAAAAAUAUCAAAGAACAAAAAGAGAUUAAAGCAAAGUCAGAAGAAUCUGUCGUUAAAGCUGCUCCAAAGGCAGUAGUAGAAAAGUCUACAGUGUGGCAAAAAGUAAAAGGUGAAAUUUUACAUUAUUAUCAUGGAUUUCGAUUGUUGGGACUUGAUAUGAAAAUAUCAUCAAAACUACUUUGGAGAAUUUUGAAGGGUAAUGAACUUAGUAGAAGGGAACAUAGACUUCUCAUAAAAACAACAGGAGAUGUGUUCAGACUUAUUCCAUUCUCAGUUUUUAUUAUUGUACCCUUCAUGGAAUUCUUACUUCCAUUCGCCAUUAAAUUCUUCCCUGGAAUGAUGCCAUCUACCUUCCAAACAGCAACAGAAAAGGAAGCUAAAUUGAAACAGGCAUUAAAAAUUAAAAUUGAAAUGGCAAAAUUUCUGCAAAAAACAUUGGAUGAUAUGGCUGUACAAUCAUCUGACUAUAAAUCAAAAAGAGCUAAAGAAUUUGCAGAAUUCUUUUAUAAAGUUCGUACUUCUGGUACUGUAGCCAGUAACGAAGAAAUUAUGCAAUUUAGUAAACUUUUUGAAGAUGAAAUUACUUUAGACUCUCUCACUCGACCACAAUUAGUUGCAUUAUGUAGGGUAUUAGAUGUACAAACGCUUGGAACGACGAAUUUUUUGAGAUUUUUACUUAGAAUGCGGCUAAGGAGUCUUACAGCGGACGACAAAUUAAUUGAGAAAGAAGGUAUAGAUAGUCUUACUAGAAGUGAGCUGCAACAGGCAUGUAGAGCGCGUGGAAUGCGAGCGUAUGGUCUACCGGACAGUAAAUUAAAAGAACAAUUAUCUCAAUGGUUAGACUUAAGUUUAAACAAAAAAGUUCCACCAUCGUUGUUACUUCUUUCUCGAGCGUUGAUGGUGCCAGAAACGAUACCAAUGUCAGACAAAUUGAAGGCUACCAUAUCGGCCCUUCCUGACACGGUCGUGGCACGCACUCAGUGUGCAAUAGGAGAAAAAGAGGGCACAAUGGAUCACAAAACUAACAUUGAAAUUAUCAAAAUGGAAGAACGUAAAAUUGAAGAGGAGCGGCAAGAGAAGGAACCUCAACAUGUUGUUCAUGAACAGAAAACCGAUGAAAUUACGAAUACGGAUGUAAAAGUAUUAGAAAGAGCUUUAGAUUCUCUUGGAGAGGAUAAAAAGAUGUCAGUAGAAAAAGAAGAAUUAAAGGAACUGAAAGAAGAAAUGGCUGAUUAUCAAGAAGAUCUCAAAGAGUUCUACGAAAUUAAAGCUGCUGCCAAAGGUCAAAAGGACAUAGAAAGUAUUAAAGUAUCAAAGGGUGCUAUACGAUUAUUCAAACAAGUGAAUAAGAUGAUUCAUAAAAUGGACGAAGUUCUAACAGGACUUGAAUCAAAGAAACAAAUCAAACAGUCCGAAAAGAAAGAAAAGAUCGAUGUAGAAGAAGGCACAGGUGCAAAAACUAUGGAAGAAUUAGUUAAAAUAGACGAAUUAAUUACAGCUAUUAAAAAAAUGCAGAAUGUACCUGAUGAACAUCGAUUGCAACGCAUAACUGAAAUUUUAUCAAAGAUCGAUGACGAUAGAGAUGGAGCUAUCAAAAUCGAAGACGUCCUUAAGGUACUAGAACUAAUCGGAAAAGAAGAUAUUAAGUUAAGUAAAAAGCAAGUAGACGAAUUACUUGAAUUAAUCGAUAAAGAAGAAAUUUUGGAAACAGACGAACAAAUACAGAAAAACUUGCAAAAGGAAACAAGUGAACAACUUAAAGAUGGAUCGUGUACUGCAACAAAAUAUGUUGCGCCUAAAACUCCGGUUCCUGCUACACCUGUAACAACUGAAAAAGGUUUUGGUAAAGAGGAAUUAAACGAAGAUGUUCCAGAUGCUAAUAAAGGUUUUGCCGUGCGCUCGUCCGAAUCAGAAAAGGAAAAGGCAGCCGCAGUUCUUAAAAGUAAUCCCAGUUCUGACUCAGUUAGAAAUCCUCCUAUAGCUCCUGGAGUACCGCCACCGGCAAAAAAAGCGGAAGGCUCUAAACAGCUGUGAUCACCGCACAAUGUAUGUACAUUAUUAAUACAAUGUUUUCGUUGGGUAUUCGUUUGAAGAGAUAUUGCACUUUUAUCUCCACAUUAUGUUUCUACCUCUAACCUAUGACAUUGUAUAUCUUUAUUUUAUGAAUGAAGUUGUAUAGUAAAUGUAAUAUUUACGGAACAAAACAAUUGCAAUGAUGUCAGGUAUGUAUUAAGGCAUUUUUUAAUUGCUGUUAUAUACAUGAGUUUUACUAUUUAUAAUAUUUGGUUGAAAGCGAAAACAAAUCAUUCAUGUUUGCCUCUAUAAUUAAAGCAGAUCCUGAAUGUUAAAGACUGUGAUGCAUUUAAUGGCAUCAAUAUAUGUAUUCUUUGGAUCAUUAAUUGCAAUUGUGCUGGCCACAAAAAGACGACAUUUUUCAUGUAAAUUUCUAAUUAAUAUAGAAAAUGUUUUCCUUCUUUUUUAAAUUAUACGUGACAAUACUAUUAUGAUUAACAGCUAAAGGUCAUAAGAAUAUUCGCUUUAUAUUUCAAUAAAACUGAAUUCCAAAAAUAUUAUAAUACCUUAAGGAAUCAUUCCAUCUGUCUGAGUAUUCAUUGCUAUUACAGAAUUCUAAUGUACAAAUUAUUGAUCACCCUUAUUUUGCGUUAUAAUAUUAAAUAUGUACUUCUAUGAUUGAGAUUGAAAAAAAGAAUGUAUAUUUAUAAAUAAAGUAAUUUUAUUAUUAUUAAACUACAUAAACAUGGGGUUAACUAUUACAUGUAUUGAUUACAUAAAAAUGCUAUUAUGUAACAAAGUAUGAAAAACUUUAGCGAUAAACACGUCACAUAAAAAAAACGUAAUAUCCAUUGGACGUUUAUUACGGCUGAAAGUAAAUAACACAUUAUAUUUAUUUGUAAUAAGUUUGUAAUGCGAAAAUUCAAUUAUUGAUAGCAUUGUUAAAAUACCGAUUAAACAAGAUUAAUCGGAAUACCUGUUUUUAGUAGUGUAAAAACAUUGCACAAAAUUACAAUAUGAUUAAUAUAUUAUUUUAGAAGAAAAAACACGAAUGUUAAUGAUGCCCAGGGUAACAAUUAAAUUUUUACUUUUGUGCAUCAAACUGCUAUUUAUGUAAUAAAAUGACUGUAUAAAAGUUAAGAACAUUUUCUUCUAAUUUAAAUGUACAAUUAUUUCUAUUAAAAGUAUUUAUAUGAAUUUUUAAUAUAUUUUUAUUUUAAUUUCGAUUUUGCAUUUAGUUUCAUCAAUUUUUUAAGUAUAUUUAGAUCCGGAUUUUCAAUUCUAGUAGUUAAUUAUGGCUGAUUAAUAAUAAAUGGAUAAAAAGAUUUAUUAAUUUUAAAAUAAUAAUAGUGGUCUUUACCAUGGUACAGUGUGAUCGUAAAACUUUUUUUGAAGUCAAAACACGAAUCCGAGUUCGGAAGUAGUGACGUGAAUGCGUCCUCAAUGGCGUGCAUUCAUUAGUAAGUACGUAUGGGUAGCUAAUUUUUUAAAGUCACAAAUUAUUAUUAAUUUGGAUAUCACGCGUACUAUAUUUCUCCAUCUCUGGUUUAGAAAAGA